AUGGCCAUCUCAGUACCCAGUAGGCAACUUUUCAUAGAUGGGAAGUGGAAAACCCCCGUCCUCAACAACCGGAUUCCGAUCAUCAACCCCGCCACUGAAGAGAUCAUAGGGGAUAUCCCUGCUGGUACCAGGGAAGAUGUUGACCUUGCUGUGGAUGCUGCUAAAAGAGCCUUGUCCCGGAACAAAGGCAGAGAUUGGUCAUCAGCUUCUGGUUCUGUUCGUGCUGGUUAUCUUCGAGCCAUCGCUUCAAAGAUAACGGAGAAAAAGGAUGAACUAGGAAAGCUUGAAGCAAUUGAUUGUGGAAAACCACUAGAUGAAGCACUGGCAGACCUGGAUGAUGUUAUUGGUUGUUUUAACUACUAUGCUGAGCUUGCGGAAGGGUUGGAUGCAAAGCAAAAGGCUCCUAUAUCCCUCCCUGUGGAGAACUUCAAGAGUUAUGUUCUCAAGGAGCCUAUUGGGGUUGUUGCAUUAAUUACUCCAUGGAACUAUCCUCUCUUAAUGGCUACAUGGAAAGUUGCUCCAGCGCUGGCUGCUGGUUGUACUGCAAUUUUGAAGCCAUCUGAACUGGCAUCUGUGACCUGUUUGGAGCUGGCUGAAAUAUGCAGAGAAGUGAACCUUCCUCCAGGGGUGUUAAAUAUUGUUACUGGAUUAGGCAAUGAAGCUGGUGCUCCUUUGUCAACUCAUCCUAAUGUAGACAAGAUUGCCUUUACUGGAAGCUCUUUAACUGGAAGCAGGAUUAUGACAGCUGCAGCGCAGCUAACUAAGCCUGUUUCUCUAGAGCUUGGUGGGAAAAGCCCAAUCAUUGUUUUUGAGGAUGUUGACCUUGAUAAGACUGCUGAAUGGACAAUCUUUGGCUGCUUCUUUACAAAUGGUCAGAUAUGCAGUGCAACAUCUCGCCUUAUUGUUCAUGAAAGUAUAGCAACAGAAUUUGUGAAUAGACUGGUGAAAUGGGCCAAAAACAUCAAAAUUUCAGAUCCCUUGGAAGAAGGCUGCAGGCUAGGACCUAUUGUUAGUGAAGGACAGCAUAAAAAGGUAUUGAACUUUAUCUCAACCGCCAAGAGUGAAGGUGCAACAAUUUUGACUGGAGGGUCUCGUCCAGAGCAUUUGAAGAAGGGAUACUUUGUUGAACCAACCAUCAUAACUGAUGUGACUACAUCGAUGCAAAUUUGGAGAGAAGAAGUUUUUGGACCUGUACUCUCUGUGAAAACAUUCAGUACCGAGGAAGAAGCUAUUGAACUAGCAAAUAACACCCAAUACGGCUUAGGUUCUGCUGUGAUGUCAAAAGAUCUAGAAAGAUGUGAACGCCUAUCUCAGGCUAUUAAGGCUGGCAUUGUAUGGAUAAAUUGUGCUCAACCAAGUUUCAUUCAAGCCCCAUGGGGAGGCAUAAAACGUAGUGGUUUUGGUCGUGAAUUAGGAGAAUGGGGACUUGAAAACUACUUAAGUGUGAAGCAAGUGACCAAGUACAUAUCUGAUGAACAAUGGGGCUGGUAUUCGUCACCUUCAAAGCUGUGA